AUGCCGGCACGAACUGGAGCAGAAUACAUCGCCGGGCUGCGGGAGCGAUCGGCGGACAUAUACAUCGGCGGGGAGCGCGUGCAGGACGUUACGGCGCAUCCGGCCUUAGCCGGCGGUUUGCAAACCGUCGCCAGCCUGCUGGAGAUGCAGCAUGACCCGGCCCGGAGCGACGAGAUGACCUACACGUCGCCGACCACGGGCGACCCGGUGGGUCUGUCGUUCAUCAUGCCCCGCAACCUGGAAGACCUGCAGCGUCGGCGCAAGAUGAUCACCAACUGGGCCAAGGGCUCCUGCGGCAUGAUGGGUCGCACGCCCGAUUUCCUCAACGUGGCAGUGAUGUCCAUGGCCGCCGGCGCCGAUUAUUGUGCCCAGAACCGGCCCGACUUCGGGCAGAACAUCCUAAACUACUACGAGUACAUCCGCGAAAACGACAUCGUGAUGACCCAUACGCUGGUCAACCUGCAACGAAGCCGCGCAGUAGGCCAGACGCCUUUCGACGACCGCACCGACGUUGCGCUGUCGGUGGUGGACGAGAAUGAAGACGGCAUCGUGGUGCGGGGGGCGCGGGGUGCUGGCGACGCUGGGGCCGCUUUCCGAUGA